AUGCAUUACCAAAGAGAAAUAAUAAAAUGGAUGGAACGGAAAAACAAACUUCAGAAGGGGAAUCGAAGCGGUAGGUACACACUUUUCCGCUUCAAACGGAGAGUUACGGAAUCCCUUUUCGGGGAAGUCCUCUGUAAGGUGGGUUUGGAUGGGGGGCCCACGAGAUCUUCUCCAGGGAACAAGUUAAUCUGUUCUACUUCGCAUGGAAUUGUUCAGGGUUCAGGAGAUGCACGUAUAGAUCUUCAGAAGGAGCGACUGCCAAAGGAGCGAUUGUCAAAGGAGCGAUUGCCGAAAGUGCACCUGCUAAAGAGAACCAUACAAAACUUCUACAACGUGCGCCACCUACUCGGGCGCAACGACCCAGUCUACGCGGAUCUGGCACAUGUGUUCUCCCAAGAAUUACAGGCAUGGGAAGAAGACAUAAUUCACCGUCCCCAGGAGGACAAACCAAAUGGUUCAAAUGGUUCAAAUGGUCCAAAUGGUCCAAAUGGUCCAAUCAGCCCAUAUGACAAAGUGCACUACCUCCCCAGCGAACAUCUCCAACGGGGCAAUAACGACACCAUAGACAUAGUAGACUUAAUGCACCUCUUCAUCUUCUACACGUCCAUGGAAUGGCACCGAUACAAUUUCUUAAUAAUCAUUUUAAGGUGCAUUAUCAGAAUGGGAUGCACGGCAAACACCAACCAGGAGACGUGUCUGAAGUUCCUAAAGUCUUGCGUUAAACUGAGAAUCGAAAUAAAAAAAAUUCUGAAGGUAAAAAAAGGAGGAUCCAUUUUUAGGCUACAGAAAGCGCCCACCCAUUGGGGUAAAAUCGGCCAUGUUGCGUUAAUACGAAAUGGAGUUCCCUCUAUGCGUGUACCACCUUGUCAUGUAAAAGGAAUCAGCGGGAGGAUUUCCAUCCCGUGUAGACAUUCAGCAAAGGGAUUGCAUAGAAGGAUCAUGCUAUCGAAAAGAGGGGGAAAUGCACAUAGAUCACUUCCUCCAUGUGGGAGGAAAAAUUACCACUUUCAGGAGACCUACUCUAAAUGGAAGAAGAGAAAAUUUAAAUUUCAAAUGCAGAUUUGCAAUAGGUUGAUGGAGGAGUGUACUUAUCUUGUUUUAGGUAGAUGGGAACAGUUGACAGAUGGAUAUUUGAAGUACAUCCAGGUAUUACAUCGAGGGAAGUUCUAUCUAAAGCGGGGUGAGCCGUCAAAAUCGUUCACAGCCCAACUGGCAGAUUAUAUAAAUACCAAAUGUGAUUAUCUCCCACCAGAUGAACUCCUAACCGCGGUGGACUACUUGAUGAAAGCGAGAAAGAAAGGCAAAGGGGACACACAGGUACAUCUCAAAGUUGGAACAAUGAAAAUGACAAGAGCAAUCACCCGCAUAAGUCAACAUCUAUGCACUGCUAUUCAAAAAAAAACAAAUGAAUACACUGUGGGGGAAGCCUGCACAGUGUUAUCCUUAUGUGCCAGGAAUAAUUAUUACGAUAAGAAUCUUCUAGAUAGCAUCACCGCAUAUGUUGUGGACAAUUUAGACCAGGUCAGCUCCAAAGAACUCAUCCGAUUGGCUAUAAAUAUGUACGACAAGCUAGACUACACAGAAAAUGGAUUGCUCUUGGCAAUUGUGAAUCGGUACAGACCGCCUCGUCGGAGGGGCGCAUCGCGGGGAGUUACUGAUUGGAGAAGGAAUAAGAGAAGAUGGUGGGAAAGAAGCAGCAAGAUACGGCAGGAAGAGAACCCAACAUCCGAACCUGCACCCGAACCUGAACCCGAACAUGCGCCCCGUAGAAACUUCCAAAGUGUAAAAAUCAGCCAACUACUACGGUUACUGAAUGUCUUCAUCAAAAAGGAUAUACAUUUGGAUGAAGAGUGGGCGGACUACGUCUUCACCCUGAUCAAAAGAAAAUUCUCGCAUAUCAGCAUAGAAGAUUUUCCACUGCUCUGCUAUGCGAUAUUGCAUAUCCAGUCCAGGGAGAUCACCCACAGUUUUUUCAAACUAUCCAGUAGGUACUAUAUAUAUAAGUGUUUUCCCGUCGUAGAACUACCCAAGUCAUUGCCUUUAACUCCUCUCAUUCAAACUAUGCUUCUUCUUAGCACGCAAAUACAUCAACACAAUAGGAGGAUUUUUUUACGUUUCUUUUUCAAUGUCCUGAAAAAGUUUUUUCUUCAAAGUGGCAUUCCAGAGGAAAGUGCAAAGGAGGAACAAUGCACUUAUGGAGGUGCCUUCAGAGGUAUGUCUUCCUCCCCCCACCUAAGGAAUGACCACUGUGGAGAAAAUUUAGGUUCCCCGUUAAGUUUCUACGCGCACAAUUUAGAUGUCUAUGAAAGGGGAAGAAACAAUAAGUAUGAAAAGAAAAGAAAGAAAAAAAAAAAACAAAGCCUUCAGAAUCAAAUUGCAAAGAUAUCCAUUCCUACUUGUGAAGAAAUGAAAGAAGAGAUAAUCCCAUUCAUAAAAAUUACUCCACCUGAUUACCAUGUCGAUGUCAUUAUGGAAGACAUGGAUGAGUUCACCUCCAACAAAGAGGGGAAGACAACUUCUGUGUGCACUGUCACCACGCCGAGUGGAGUCACCCCUCUUAUCCAACAGAACAGAGUGAAAGCGAAUUACCCUACUGGAUUGACGACUUCAGUUGGAGGAGAACGCAUCCAUAAGGGAGACUCAUCUAGACAGACAAAUCAAUCACAUGUCUUCAUAACAUGCAAUACAAUGGACAGUGGGGAGUACAUCCCAAGGUACUUACCUCUACGGGAGAACAAAUUAGCAAGUGGUAGCGGAGGAAGCUCGGAUCCCCCAUUUGAUGAACCAACUAUGAAGAAACAAAUUCACCAUGAAACCCACUACUUCGAAAACGUAGCCAACGCGCGAAGUAUCCUUUGGGCUAUACAGAUUGUACUUCUCCACCUUUCAGAGGAGCACCCUAAUGGUUGUCUUGAAAAGCGUUCGGGUGGGCGAUGUUUGUCAUCCCGACUGAAUGAGCUAACCCUUACACAACUAUCCUUACUGCACAAGACUUAUACACUGUGCUCUUCUUACAUUGACUCUUCCCUCAGUAUGCAGAGGAGCUUGAACAACGGGAGGAUCGUUUCUUCGUCCAGGCUCCACAAACAGAUCCUGUCUAUCCUGGUACACGUGGCUCCCCAAAGUGAAAUAAUCAGCGAGCUCGUCCAUCACCCCUUCCAAGUUGACAUAUGCCUCAGAAGGAAGCCUUGCUAA